CCUCCCUCCCUCCCUCCCUCCCUCUCUGUAUCAGCUGGGAGGUGAAGCAGUGUGGGCUGUCCCUCUGGCUGCUGUGCUGCUGUCUGCGUUUAUGGUGUUUGGGUUGGAUUAGCCUCGACCUGGCACACACUCCAAAGGUCACCCACAGAUUCCAGAGAGCAGCGGGAGAGGAGAGGAACAGAGAGGAACAGAGAGGAACCGAGAGGAACGAAGAAGAAAGGAAAGGAGAAGAAAAGUAAGGAGGACUGUGACAGAGGAGAGACCCGGAAAGAAAUCAGGAAACAGAGGAGAGGCAGCGCUGGACACAGAGAGAGAGAGAGAGAGAGAGAGAGAGAGAGAGAGAGAGAGAGAGAGAGAGAGAGAGAGAGAGAAGAAGCGGACGAGAGAGAGGUCUGAAACUUCUCUGCUGUGUUCUCCAGGCACCGGGUCAGUGGCCACAGCCUCCACAGGAACUCUCUCUCUCCACUGCUCCCACCUCCUCCUCACCCUCCCUCCUCCCGCCCUCAGCAAACAUGGCUCCUUCUGUGUGGAACCCAAGUGAUCGCGUCUGUUAAAGCCCCCGGAGUCCCGGCGCCGAACCCAGGGGAGCCGAGCAGUGGGAGGCAGUCCAUGGGGAGGUGAGUGCCGGACGGGCACAGCCAUGGGGAACGUGUGUGGCUGCGUGCGCGGGCCCAAGGAGGAAUGCUACGUUGAUCCCAGCAAAGCCCCCCUGAGCCCGGAGCGCAGGGAGCUGCGAGGACGACGCUACUUCCAGAGGAAGAAGAAGAGGAAGUCCGGAGACUUCCAGCCCACGGAGUCUCUGCGGAGCCGUGGAGGAGAGAGUCUCCAGGACGGGGAUGUCUCCGGGGGCAUGGAGCCCCGGUGCCGCCCAGACCAGGGCCCCGAGAGCGGGGCAGAGGACAGACCUGACGGGGAGAGUCCCCCAGAGGUGGAGGAGACCCCCAGCGCCAGGCUAGGCAGCAUCAGCCGCGGCGUCUACGUGGGUGAAGUGCAGGUGAACUGCAGAGCUCCACUUGGACAGAGGUUGGCUCUUCGCUCGGGGCGGCUGUCCCAGCAGCAGGGGGCUGGCGUGGGGAGCAGGCCCGCCGGCCAGGCCCCGCUCCGGGGCAUCACCCGGACCUCCAGGGACGUGGCUCCCAAGGACGGGCUCCUGGGCCGGAGGCUGCUCCAGAAGCAGCUGAGGAGGGUGGUGAGCUUCGGGGCGGUGGAGCACACCCUGCGCACCCUGAGGGGGGACGACCGCCUGGCCGUCAGCCUCCCCAGGAUCAUCUGGAGCUCCCAGGUCCACCGGAGGACGAGACGCACCCACACGCACACCUGCUCCGGGGCGUCAGGACCCUCUCUGGGUCACGCGGAAGGUUCCGGGGCUUCUGUCAUGUGUGCUUCCGCCAGACCUGAGAUCUCUGAGAUCCACGUGUGUGGGGAGUCGGAGGAUAUGACGGCCAAGGAGCGCCUGCUGCUCUGGUCCCGGCAGAUGAGCGAGGGCUACGUCGGCGUCCGCUGUGACAACUUCACCUCCUCCUGGAGGGACGGGCGUCUCUUCAACGCCAUCAUACACAAAUACAGACCGGACCUCGUGGACAUGGGUCGUGUCUCGGCCCAGAGCAGCAGGUCUAACCUGGAGCAGGCCUUCACUGUGGCUGAGCAGCUGGGCGUGGCCAGGCUGCUGGACCCUGAGGACGUGGACGUGCAGUCCCCAGAUGAGAAGUCGGUCAUCACGUACGUGUCCACUCUGUUCGACGUGUUCCCCAAGGUGCCUGAGGGCGGCGACGGCAUCAACGCUAACGACGUCGAUAUCAAGUGGGUGGAGUACCAGAACACGCUCAAGUACCUGAGCCAAUGGAUCAAACACAACAUCACAGUGAUGGCAGACAGGGCCUUCCCCAAUAACCCUGUGGAACUCAAGGCACUUUAUACCCAGUAUCAGCAGUUCAAAGAGAAUGAAAUUCCGCUGAAAGAGAACGAGAAGUCUCGGAUCAAACAUCUUUACAAAAUGCUCGAGGUGUGGAUAGAGUUUGGUCGUAUCCAGCUGCCCCAGGGGUCCCACCCUAAUGAUGUGGAGAAGGACUGGGGGAAGCUAAUCGUGGCCAUGUUGGAGAGAGAGAAGAGCCUGAGGCCUGAGGUGGACAGACUGGAGAGACUGCAGCAGGUAGCCAACAGAGUCCAGAGAGACUGUGUGUCUGGCGAGGACAAGCUAGCGCUGGCCAGGACCGCCCUGCAGUCUGACGCCAAGCGCCUGGAGUCGGGGAUCCAGUUCCAGAACGAGGCGGAGGUCGCGGGCCACCUGCUGGAGUGUGAGACGCUGCUCAGGCAGCAGGUGGUGGACAUCCAGAUCCUUCUGGACGGGAAGUUCUACUUCGCUGACCAGCUUGUCCAAAGGGUCUCCAGCCUUCGUGACGACCUCCUAUCCCUCAGGAGUGAGUGUUCCUCCGUCUACAGCCAAUGCCACACCCUGACCACAGAGCAGACCAAGAUGAUGAUCUCAGGCAUCACCCAGAGCCUCAACUCGGGCUUCUCCUCCAGCCUCACCCCGGCCCUCACCCCCGGAGGCCUGGGCACCCCGGGGUCCACCUUCACCUCCAGCCUUAACCCCGGCCUCAUCCCCAGCCUCACCCCUGGCCUCACCCCUGGCCUGCAACCUGGCUCGGGGCAGGCCUACGUGGGGGGAGGAGGAGGGGGAAUGGACCCGGGAGCCCUCCAGCACCUCAAGCACAUGCAGAUACGAAAACCCCUGGGGAAGUUGCUGGGAGACCCCAACAUGACCGAAGAGGAGGUCAACAUGAACUUUGUUCAGGACCUCCUGAGCUGGGUGGAUGAGAUGCAGGUCCAGCUGGACCGUGCAGAGUGGGGCUCUGACCUCCCCAGUGUGGAGGUGCACAUGGAGAGCCACAAAACCGUUCAGAAAGCCAUCGACGAAUUCCAAAUGAGCCUUAAAGAAGCUAAACUUAACGAGAUUCAGAUGAACCAGCCUCUAAAACUAGCAUAUUCUGAAAAACUGGGCAAACUAGAAUCUCAGUACAGCAAAUUACUGAGUUGUUCAAGGGACAGGCAGAGGCACCUGGAGAGCCUGCAGGACUUUGUGUGCCGGGCCACCCAGGAGCUCAUCUGGCUGAACGAGAAGGAGGAGGAGGAAGUGGCCUUCGACUGGAGCGACCGAAACAGCAACAUCUCCAAGAAGAAGGACUACCAUGCUGACCUGAUGAGAGAGCUGGAUGACAAGGAGGAGGUGAUCAAGUCUGUGCAGGACAAGGCAGAGACCCUGCUGCUGGAAAACCACCCUGCCAGGCUCACUAUUGAAGCGUACCGGGCUGCCAUGCAGACUCAGUGGAGCUGGGUGCUGCAGCUCUGCUGCUGUGUGGAGCAGCACCUGAAAGACAACUCUGUCUACUUUGAGUUUUUCAAGGAUGCCAAAGAGUCUAUGGACUACCUGAAGAACUUGCAGGACACGGUGCAGAGGAAGUACAGCUGUGACCGAAGCAGCAGCCUUCACAAGCUGGAGGAUCUCAUCCAGGAGUCCAUGGAUGAGAAGGAACAGCUUCUCCAGUACCGGAGCAGCGUGGCGGGGCUUGUGGGCCGGGCCAAGGCUGUCAUCCAGCUCAAGCCCAGGAACCCAGAAAGCCUGGUCAGAACCUCCAUCCCGGUGAAAGCCAUCUGUGACUACCGACAGAUAGAGAUAACCAUCUACAAGGACGAUGAGUGUGUCCUGGCCAGCAACUCCCACAGGGCCAAGUGGAAGGUGAUCAGCCCGUCAGGGAACGAGGCCAUGGUUCCCUCAGUCUGUUUCACCGUGCCUCCGCCCGACAAGGAAGCUGUGGAGCAGGCUAGCAGGAUCGAGCAGCUGUACCAGAACGUCCUGUCGUUGUGGCAUCACUCCCACGUCAACAUGAAGAGCGUGGCAUCCUGGAACCUCCUCAUGGCCGACAUCCACGCCAUCCGCAAGUGGAACGUGUCUUCGAUCAAGACCAUGUUGCCGGGCGAGCACCAGCAGGUCAUUAGCAACCUGCAGUCCCACUUUGAAGACUUCCUGGAGGACAGCGAGGAGUCGGAGGUCUUCACCGUGGCAGACCGCUCCCAGCUGGAGAGGGAGGUCCAGGCCUGCAAGGAGUACUACGAGGAGCUGCUGACGUCUGCGGAGAGAGAGGAGCAUGAAGAGUCUGUGUACAACCAGUACAUCUCGGAGCUGCGGAACUUCCGCAUGCGCCUGGAGUCGCAGGAGGAGCACCUAAUCAGGCAGAUCCGCACGCCUCUGGACCGCGACGACCUGGAGCAGAGCGUCCAGCGGAUCGCAGAGCAGGAGAAGAAGAGGAGUGAGCUGGACCAGCUGAGGGGGGACCUGGAGGCCAUGAGGGAGAAGUGUGAGGCGUUCCUCCGGCAGGCCACCGCCUCUCCGUCUGUCCCGACUCUCUCCUCCGAGCUGGACGUCAUCCUCCACAGCAUGAGCCAGGUCUACUCCAUGUCCUCCAUCUACCUGGAGAAGCUGAAGACUGUGAGCUUGGUAGUGAAGCACAGCCAGAGUGCAGAGGCCUUGGUCAAGACAUUCGAAGCCAAACUCUGUGAGGAGGACACCAUGAACUCUGACCUGAAGUCCAUAGAGACGGUCAUCAGCAGACUGAAGCAAUGGCGGACAGAGAUUGACGACCAGCGGGAGGUUUUCCAUGACCUGGAGGACGAGCUCCAGAAGGCCCGGGCUGUCAGCGACCGCAUGUUCAAAACGCACAACGAGCGCGACUUUGACCUGGACUGGCACAAGGAGAAGGUGGACCAGCUGAGUGAGAGGUGGAACAGUGUCCACUCGCAGAUUGAGAGCAGGCUUCGGGACCUGGAGGGCAUCGGUAAAUCUCUGAAAUACUACAAGGACUCGUACACCAGUCUGGACGAAUGGGCCCGAGAGGUGGAGACCAUGCAGAGGAAGACCCAGGAGAAGCACCCUGAGGACAGCAAGGCCCUUGCUGAGCUGCUCAACCAACAGAAGGUCCUUGUCGCUGAGAUGGAACUGAAACAGACCAGGAUGGAUGAGUGCCAGAAGUACUCUGAGCAAUACUGUGGUGCUGUCAAAGAUUACGAGCUGCAGAUGAUGACCUACCGAGCGAUGGUGGACUCCCAACACAAAUCUCCCCUGAAGAGACGCAGAAUGCAGGGAUCAUCUGACGCCAUCCAGCAGGAGUUUAUGGACCUCAGAACCCGUUACACCGCUUUGGUCACCCUCAUGACGCAGUACGUGAAGUUUGCCAGCGAGACGUUGAAGAGAACGGAAGAUGAAGAGAGCAGAAAGGCUUCAGAGAAGGCAGAAUACCUCACAUGGACAGAGACCAUGGAACUCCAAAAGGCCGCAGGGGAGCAGGAGAUUGGUCAUCUUCAACAGCAGCGAUCUGUCGAUGAGGAGAAGAAAGAGAAUGGUGAUAAAGUUAGCAAGCUAUUGCACUGGAUGUCCAGUGUAAAACCUGGCCUGGGCAAAGAUGCUAAAGCUAGCACAACGACUGCUAGUAAGCCCCAGACAUCAAUGGAGGAGAUUGUGACCAAGAAGGAGCAGAUUGCAGAGGUCCUGAGGACCACACAGAUGCUGAUUACCAAACACAGUGACAAGAUGACUGAGGAGGAGAAGCAGGAGGCCAAGGAACAGCUGAAACUGCUGCAUCAGGCCUACAGUGAUCUCAGCCAGCAGUGUGCAGACCAGACGCCCCCUGUUGACCAGGAUUCCCAGACCAUUGAGGGGGUCCUGGAGACUGGGAGUGGAUCAUUCUACUCCGUGUUUGCUUCUGUCCAGAGAGGCUUGCUGGACCAGAGGACGGGGGUCUGCCUCCUCGAGGCCCAGCUGGUCGUUCACGGCCUCACUCUGCCACAGAGCAGGGGGUCUGUCGACCUGGACGAGGCUCUCACAAAGAACCUGCUCGAUGAGCCCACAUGGAGGCAACUCCAGGAUCUGAACGAGGCCAACAACAUCCUCCAGAGCCCCCAGUUUUCCUCGGAGCCUCUGCCCGCGAUAGCAGCCUUCUGUGAGGGGGUCAUCUCGGAAAAGUUGGCUAUCAAAGUCAUGGAGAUCCAGCUGGCUACUGGAGGUCUCAAGAUAUUUAACACCAGGGAAUUACUCACCCUCGAUGAUGCCUUACAGUUUGGACUCAUCCCUGCCCCUUUUUACGUCCAGAUCCUGGAAAGACAGAACAGCGCGAAGGGUCUGAUCUGCCCUAGCACGGCUGAGAAUGUGUCCCUGGCCCAGCUCAUCCAGAUGAGUGUCUUUCAUAAGGAGACAGGUCUACGACUGCUGCCUGUGAAGGGAAACCAUCAAGGAACCAUAGUGUUGCCAUCAGGAAAGGAAACCAGUGUGCUGACGGCGGCCCAUGAGGGCUGUAUCGAUCGUGAGACCAUGUUAAGAUUACUAGGGUCUCAACUGUUUGCUGGUGGGAUCGUCGACCCAAACACCGGACGUAAACUGACAGUUGAGGAAGCCCUGUCAGAGGGCCUCAUUGACCCAGAUAUUGCCUCUCUGAUACUGAGUCACCAGACACAAAAUGGCGGCAUUGUCAAUCCCAAAAAUGGAGAGAGGCUUACGGUGGAUGAAGCUGUCCAGUGUGACUUGAUGAGCUCCACCAGUGCUCUGCUGGUGCUGGAGAAACAGAGGGGCUUCACGGGGCUGUUGUGGCCUCACUCAGGGGAGAUAGUCACUUUCUCCACCUUUCUGCAGCACAACAUUAUCACCAACCAGCUUGCCUGCAAACUGAUCAGCAACAGACAGAAGAUAGCGGCCUUUUACAUCCCGGACAACUCAGAGGUUGUCGAUAUCAACUCUGCAGUCAGAAGCGGUCUGAUAGACAGACAUACAGUGGAGAUACUGAAAACGAUCGAAAUACCAGAUGUGUUUUCAGAUAUCGAUGAACUUAAUGCGAGGUUCUCCUCUUGGUUGAUGUUCAAGGAGCUGCAGAUUGAAGGAUGUCACAGUCCCAGAGAUGCCGCAGACGUGGGUGAACAGAGCCUUGCUGCUCCCUCUCCCUCUGAGGCAGAGCAGCUCUUUAUCUCCUACCUCAUGCUGAACAGCUACAUGGAUCCAACAUCUGGGAAAAGACUUCUGAUAUUUGAUGGACAGCUGUCGAACAUGUCCAAACUCUUAAUGGAAGACUUAGCAGACGCUGCUGAACGUGAGAGACAGAACUCGGUAUCGUCUGAGGAUGAUACAAGGAUGGAUGACAAUUCUGAGAAAUUGACAAAUUCAGAAGCAUCAUCUCGAAGCAGUAAGGAGGAUCUGAUUCUGUUGCAAAUCGAUGAAGAAAUAGAUCAAACGAUAGAAGACCAGGAAGUGCUUAGUUUUCCGGGUGUGGUUGACAAGAGAAAUGAGGUUUCUCUAGAUGUUAAAACCUAUCUUGGGACUAGUGUUUCAGGACAUGAUGCCCUUGAGGAACCCUUUGGACCAACUGACACGAUAAGAAACAUGACGCAGCUCAUUUCUGGUUUGUCUGAGGACACGUCUCAAAAGUACUCGAAAUGCAUAGGUCCUGUUCAUGGCAACAACUUGGAGGAAGAUUCAGUUGAUCAAGUAAAUAGGUCCGCCAAUGGAGGUUUAGCAAAUAAAGGAAGCCAAACAUUUCCAACAUCCUGUGUCGUGAAUGGAUCCGAUACGUUUUUAACUUCAGGAACACAUGAGCUCGCACUGUCAAGCCCCCCAACUGCAUUUUUGCCCCCUUGGCAGCAGAUGCAAACAGAGGCUGAGCCUGGCUCAUCACCAUGCAGGAUGGUUCCUGAGGCUGAGCCUGGAUCAUCACCAUGCAGGAUGGUACCUGAGACUGAGCCUGGAUCAUCACCAUGCAGAAUGGUAUCUGAGACCGAGCCUGGAUCAUCACCAUGCAGGAUGUUGCCUGAGGCUGAGCCUGGAUUGUCACCAUGCAGGAUGGUACCUGAGACUGAGCCUGGAUCAUCACCAUGCAGGAUGAUACCUGAGACUGAGCCUGGAUCAUCACCAUGCAGGAUGGUACCUGAGACUGAACCUGGAUCAUCACCAUGCAGGAUGGUACCUGAGACUGAGCCUGGAUCAUCACCAUGCAGAAUGGUAUCUGAGGCUGAGCCUGGAUCAUCACCAUGCAGAAUGGUUCCUGAGACUGAGCCUGGAUCAUCACCAUGCAGGAUGGUACCUGAGACUGGACCUGGAUCAUCACCAUGCAGGAUGGUACCUGAGACUGAGCCUGGAUCAUCACCAUGCAGGAUGGUUCCUGAGACUGAGCCUGGAUCAUCACCAUGCAGGAUGGUACCUGAGACUGAGCCUGGAUCAUCACCAUGCAGGAUGGUACCUGAGACUGAGCCUGGAUCAUCACCAUGCAGGAUGGUACCUGAGACUGAGCCUGGAUCAUCACCAUGCAGGAUGGUACCUGAGACUGAACCUGGAUCAUCACCAUGCAGGAUGUUGCCUGACACCGUUGACAGGCUCACAGACUCUCAGUGCUCUAAGGAAGGCCUGGAGGACGAGGAUGAGAGAAGAUACGCCCUCCACCUGCUCAAGGCCCAGGUGGAGGAGGGCGGCAUCCUGGAUGUGACCUCAGGCAAACGCUACGAUCUGGAGGGAGCCCUGGAUAAAGGGCUGGUGGAUGAGGAGACUGUACUGGAGGUUCUGGCUCUCCAGCUGCACAGGAGCGGGGUGGUGGGGGAUCAGAGGGACACUAUGUCCACCCUCCAGGCUGCAGUGUCGGCUGGAUCCAUCUCUUCCCAGGUGGCCGUGCAGAUCAUGGAGCAGCAGAACCUGCUAGCCGGUGUGUACGACUCCAAGGCUGGCAACACCAUCUCUGUUAGUGAAGCUCUGGAGUCGGGGCUGGUCAGCGAAGAUCUGGCCGUGAGCCUCCUUCACUCGGAGCCCAAGCACAAAGCGAUCGUCGACCCUGAGGGGAAAUGCUCCCGCUCCGUCUCUGAAGCCAGACGACUGGGAUUCAUAGAUGACAUGGAGGCUGAGGAUCUGCUGACACGGCACACUGAAACCAAAGUGGCGGUGAUCAUUCUGGAUAUUCCGGAUGAGCCGAUGGAUGGAAUGGAGACUGGGAAAGGACUCGCAGGCAAAGAGUGGGACAGUAUAAGGAACCAUGAGGAGAUGAGUGAUGCCCUGAAUCCACAUCUUCCAUACAGCGUCUGUCAAGAUUCUGCACGACAGAUCAUCUCACCCCUCUUGUCCAAUCAGUUAACAGAGGAGCGUACCGGCCAUCAAACUGACUCAGCAUGUUUACCAACAGAAGAUUGGGAGCCAUCGGUCCAUCCCAGUAGAGAUUCCUCAUCAGAUAUGAUCUGCGAAUCCAGAAAUGACACCCAACAUAAUACUUUAUCAAACAAGUCACAUCCAAUCGGUAUUUCGGAUAACAGGCUUUCCGUGGGUAAAUCUGAGGAAAAUCAACAGACCGUCGGUGUCACUUCCCCUGGUCUGCCUGAUGAUGUGGAGCCAGUGGUGUUCUGCCUGGACGAUGGGCUGACCAGUGCAAGUUACCGACAGGUGGAGAUUGUAGCUAACCAGACGGUGAGUCCGGUUCACAGUGACUCGGGGGUGUCCUGUUCCUCACACAGCGACACGCAGUCUGAAGAGAGGAAGACGGAGAACGUGCUGGCUCCAGUCAGGGAGCCGGCCGAGGAGCUCAUCCCAGAGAGCUCGUCUUCCAGGGGUCUGUCCAGCCGCACCACUGGCUUGGUGUCUGAGUCUUCUUCUGGGAAUGCAGGGGAGAUCACAGCCAGUGCCACUGAAUAUCUACAGCCGAAUCAUGGGAUGCCUCAGCAAGCUGUUGUCAGACCAAAGCCAUUAGGGGGAAUCACACCUGUCUCUUCUCACAAUGGACACAGUCAGAGUGAGUUUGUAUGUGAUUUGAUUCCUCCAGUGCUUUGGCAAGACUCUUCAAAUUCAGCUAUGAUGUCAGAGGCGGCUAUUCCUGACACAAGUCACAGCAGUGAUUACAGCGAUUACAAAACGUAUUUAGAAAUGUCUGUGCCUACCCUCGUCGAAGAUCAUUCUUCCGGUACCACGUCGGAUCCCACUGGAGCAACGAAUCAGUCAGGUUCUAAUGCUAAGGCAAGCUCCCAGACUGAAUCAGGCAAGGAACCAUCUGCAGUGAAACAGCCGGCCGAGGUUCAUUCUCAGGGCCCAGGUUGUACCCCUGCAGAAGCUGAGUCUGAGGCAGGAUCGACAACACAGACAGACGAAAACAACCACCGACCGAGAUCACCUGAGAACGGCCUCUCCUCAGGGCCUCCACUGAAUGGGUCAGAACCUGGCCUAGGAUCAGAAAGAAGAUGGAAUGUAAGGGGUCAGGAAUCACAUCCAACACAAACUGGGUGUAGCCCCUUAGAGGAAUCCCUACUGAAGACUAACAAUACCUACCCAGAAUCCUCUAGUGCAUCUGACGGUGCUGCGGCCCCAGCCUUAGUCCUCUACGACGCUGUGCGGUCUGGCCUGGACGAGCUGGUGAAGAUGAGGGUGGAGGGGGCAGAUGUGGGAGACCUGCAGAAGGCAGAGAACCAGGCAGUGGAGGACAUCAUCAGUGUGAUCCAGACCAUUCCCCACCCCCCAGGGAGAACAGGCCCCGACCAGGGACCAGCACCUCCAGGCCUCCAGGGACCUCCAGACAUCCAGGGACCUCCAGGCCUCCAGGCAUCUCCAGGCCUCCAGGCACCCCCAGGCCUCCAGGCACCCCCAGGCCUCCAGGCACCUCCAGACAUCCAGGCACCCCCAGGCCUCCAGGCACCUCCAGGCAUCCAGGCACCCCCAGGCCUCCAGGCACCCCCAGGCCUCCAGGCACCCCCAGGCCUCCUGGAGAACAGCAGACCAGAUCUCCUCGUGGACGCGCUGAAGCAGGAAGCUCCACACUCCCCUGAGAGCAAGGACUCUCCUGAAGGCCCGGAGAGGACCAGGUCCCACAUCCAGUCUCAGUUGCUGCAGGUGAUCCAGAACGUGUCCUCCGGUCAGGACCCAGAGGUUCUGCGGGAGGUCAUGGAGACCCUGACCAGUAUGAUGGGCGGAGGGCCACAGGAGGACAGGCAGGGCUGCCGUCUGGAGAGCAUCCAGGAGGAGAGCUCCGAGGAGGAGGCUGAAGGAGCGACAGAGGCAGAGAAGCCAGACCUCUGCCACUCUGCCCUGGAGGACCGGCGGGCGCGCGCUGCUACUGGCUCCAGUAUGAGGAAAGCUGAGGGGAUUGAAGCUGAAGUCAAGCCACAGUGUUCCACUCAGGAUUAUCUGGAGUGUGUGGGCAGACUCCAGGAUCACGGAGAUGCCUUAGAGGACAUCAAGAAUGACCUUUUGACCCAGGGUCCUCUAACUAGCUACAUGGAGGAGUUAGUGGGUCAGCUGGGAGAAUCUCAGUCACUGGAAUCGAAUCUGUCCGCGCUGGCUGGUGUUCUAAAUACAGACCUGCAGCUAGCCAGGCAGCUGUUGCACUGCAGUAAUGAAAUGGUACCCUCACAAAUCCACCAAGACUUGGCCUCAGCCUUCAUUGAUUUGCAGCCAGCUUUCACAGACGUUUGCCGAAUCUCUGCAGAAAGGACUUAUGUUCUGACACAGGCUAUUGAAAUAGAAAAGGCCCAUCUGGAGUCCACGUACCAGGAUCUGCUCUGUACGCUUGAAACCCUCUCAGGGUGUAUCUGUGAUAACCCUGAAAUUGUCUGCAAUCUGGAUGCGAAGGACACAUGUGACCUGGACACAGUGAAACACAUGAUCGAGCAGAACAGGAACACUGAGGGAAGGCUGUCAGGGUUCCGGCGGCAGCUGGAGGAAGUAGCGUUCGACAUCCAGUACUUCAUAUCUGAGCAUGCCCAGUUUCUCAGCCCUGCCCAGAGCCGGCACCUCCUCAAGACUCUCAGCGCCACCCAGAGGGCACUGAGGGAACAGCAGGGGGUGGUGGCGGACCAGACCUGCACCCUGGAGCACGUCCUGAGGGCUAGGGAGAAGCAGAGUCUGCAGAAGUGCGUGGUGGAGAAGCAGCUGGAGCUGCAGGGGAAGCUUCAGGAGCUGUGCGACGGCCUGACCCUGACAGAGAACCGCCUGAUCGGGCACCAGCAGCAGACCUGCGGGGCGGAGAGGGGCACUGACCUGCAGCAGUGUCAACAAGAGCAGCAGGCUUUGCAGAAGGAUGUUCAGACCAACACCACUGCGCUGAAUGAUGUCAUCUCCAGCACGAAGACCUUCCUGGAGGAGAACCGGAGCAAGCUGAACCCGGAGCAGACCUCGGCCAUAGAGAGGAAGCUGGAGGAGGUCAAGAGCAAAGCCAAACUCAUCAGUCAGCGGGCGGAAGACUCCAGGAAAGACCUGGAGAAGGUGGUGACCACUGCCAUCAAACAGGAGACCGAGAAGGUGGCAGCAGAGGAGCAGCUUCAGGAGAGCAGGAACAAGAUCGAAGGCCUGCUGGGCUGGAUCUCCACCAUCGGCUCUGAGAAGGACAGCAUCCAGGACCAGACAGACAACGACGGCAAGCAGAACGGCAACACGCCGCUGGAGCCUCCUGCCAAGGGCAUGAUGGGAAAUGACAAUGAUGCCAACGGGAAUGUAGCCAGGACAGAUAACGACUCCCAGGGGAACGUGCCGGAAAGCUCCUCCUCGGGCGAUGGCCUGGAGCAGCAGUACGACAGGAUCAAGGCCCGUCAUGAUGAGAUGGUGGGCCAGCAGCAGGCUCUGAUCCAGGCCACCCAGGCAGCCGAGGCCCUGCUGCAGCGCCAGGCCCAGGUGCUGGCCCCUGGGGAGAAGGACAAGCUGCAGAAGAACAUCCAGGAUCUCAGGGAGCGCUACGACGCCUCGCUCACCCAGGCUGAGCAGCAGAUGAAGCAGGUGCAGUGUGUCCAGGAGGAGCUGGGGAGGUUCCAGGGGGAUUGUGAGGAGUUUGAGUCCUGGCUCCGGGACGCGGAGGGGGAGGUGCAGGCGCUGGGGGCUCCUGCAGGCUGCCUGGACACCCUGAAGGGCAAGCUGGACCGACAGAAGAGCUUCUCCGAGGACGUGAUCUCCCACAAGGGGGACCUGCGCUUCAUCACCAUCUCAGGACAGAAGGUUCUGGAUGUGGCCAGGGCGUGCGGGAGGCCGGAGCUGGGGGAGACGGAUUCCCCGCUGCAGGUGGAUACUUCCGGAACCUGCUCCGCUGUGAAGGACAAGCUGGAUGCUGCUGCGAGCCGCUACAAAGCCCUGCAUUCCCAGUGCAACCAGUUGGGUAGCAACCUGAAGGAUGUUGUGGAGAAGUAUCAGAAGUACGAGGAUUCUUCUUCAGAGCUCCACAAGUGGCUGGGCGUGUCUGAGGAGGAGUCCAGGACACAGCAGGCCCAGCCCAUCGCUGCAGACCCACAGACACUGCAGAAACAGCUGGAGGACACCAAGGCUCUCCAAGGUCAAACCACGGGUCGCCAGAUCGCCGUGGAGAUGCUGUGCAAAACUGCUGAUUCGCUGAUCACCUCGGAGGGGGAGCUUUUAUCCAAUCAGGAUGAGAUCCAGGAGACAGUAGCCGACAUCUCUGAGAGGUACGACAACCUGUCCAAGGGCGUGAGCGACCGGAACCAGAAGCUCCAGGGGAUGCUGACCCGCUCUCUGAGCGUGCAGGACGGGCUGGACGAGAUGCUGGGCUGGAUGGAGGGGGUGGAGAGGAGCCUGGGGGAGGACGGCCGCGUGCCUCUGGACUCUGGGGCCAUCGGGGACGCGCUCAGCAAGGAAACGACUCUGGCCCAGGACAUCUGCAGUCGCCAGAGCAGCGUGGACGCCAUGAAGGCCAAGGUGAAGAAGUUCGAAGAGACGGCGGACCCGUCGGCGGCCGCGUCCAUGCAGAGCAAGAUGGCCGCCCUGACGCAGCGCUUCUCCUCCGCCCGGGAGCAGCACCGGCAGAAGACGGCCCGGCUGGAGCAGCACAGGGACAAGGUGGAGGAGUUUGAGAGGGCUCAGGAGAAGGUGCAGAGCUUUGUGGCCAAGCGCUCGCAGGAGCUGCUGGAAACGGACGGGCCGGGGAGGAACGUCCACGAGCUGUCCCAGCUGAUGGAGGACACCAACGCAGAACUGUCUGAGCAUGCCCAGGACGUGGAGAGGCUGCAGAGGCUGGCCUCGGAGCUGGCCGUCCUGGGGCCCCAGGGCAGCCAGGACCACAUCCACGCCAAGGUGGACGCCCUCGCCAACACCUUCAACGCCUUCAAGGACACCGUGAGAGAAAAAGAGGAGGAAGUGACAUCAUGCCAGGACCAGCUGGGCGAGUUCAGGUCGGCAGCCUCGGCCCUCAGGAUCUGGUUGGGGGAGACGGUGGAGAAGCUUCCUGCUCUCCAGCCAACCAGCAGCCAGCAGAGCCUGGCAAGGGACCUCCAGGAAGUGAACGGCUUGCUGGAGGAGUGGGACUCCAAGGGGCCUGCAGUCCAGGACAUAAACACCAAGGGAUCUGCCCUCUGUACCCUCAUCAGUGUUCUCACAUCUCCUGCCAAAAGCAAGAGCAAGACGUCACACAAGUCAGCUGUUACUAACGGUAACGGUGGAGGGUCUGGAAGCCACGCCUACCUAACCAAUAAAGAGCUGAUGGUGGUGCAGCAGGACAUGACCUCCAUCAACGAGGGCUACGGGGCUCUGGGCCAGAGGCUGAGGAGCCGUGCAGCUGAGCUGGGAGGCCUGGCGCAGCAGGUCCAGGAGGCCCAGCAAGAGGCCCAGGACAUGAUCGUCUGGCUGAGGGACGCCAAGAGCAGCGCGGACGCCUGGACGGCCGGGGCCGCGGAGAAGCAGUCGGUGAAGAUGCAGCUGGAGCAGCAGAAGGCCUUGGAGGAAGACGUCGCUCGGAAGAAGGAACACCUUCAGAGCCUGAGGGAGAAGCUGCACCAGCUGAUAGAGAAGCAUCCGGACUCGCCCGAAGCUGCCCAGUGGAAGCAGAUGCUGGCACAGAUAGAUGCGGGUUGGGCGGAGGUGAGCGACUGCGUGGCGGACAGGAAGCAGACCCUGGAGCGGUCCAGCAGGAACGUGGAGGUGUUCCAGAGCUCCGAGCCGCAGCUUCGCCAGUGGCUGUCUGAGAAGGAGUUGAUGAUGAAGGUGCUGGGACCGGUGUCUGUGGACCCCAACAUGCUCAACACACAGAAACAGCAAGUCCAGAUCCUCCAGAACGAGUUUGAGAGCCGCAGGCCCCAGUACGAGCAGCUCACCCAGGCUGCCUCCUCCCUCCUGGGAUCCACCGCCCAGGAGGACCCCCCCGGAGCCAAGCAGGUCAGGGAGCAGCUGGCCGCCGUCACCCACAAGUGGCAGGGCCUGACCGGGCAGCUGGGCCAGCGAGCUGGCCUGAUCGACCAGGCGGUGGGGAAGUCGGGCCGCUUCCAGGAGCUUCUGAGAAGCCUGGGCGAGAGCGCCGCCCUGCUGGAGGGUCGCCUGAGCGGCCAGCAGGCCCUCAGCUCCCAGCCCGACGUGGUGAAGCAGCAGCUGGAGGAGGCCGGCGCCAUCUCUGCCCAGCUGAGGGAGGAGAGGAAGAGGCUGAGGGAGGCCGAGGGCCUGUGCUCAGAACUGGCCGGCCUGGUGACUGAGGAGUACCUCAGGGCAGACUUGACCAGGCAGCUAGAGAGUGUCACCAAGCCCUUCAAACAGCUGGACGACAAAACAGGGAAGCGAAUCCAGCAGCUCAACUCAGCCUUCGCCAGCUCCCAGCAGUUCCACCAGACCUCCAAAGACUUCCAGGCCUGGCUGGACCAGCAGAUCCAGGAACAGGCCAAGCCCCAGACUGUCUCAGCCAGGGCCGAGGCCCUCCGCCUGGGCUUGGAGGAGCACAGCGCCCUCCAGAUGGUCCUGAAGAACCAGGAGGAGCCUUACUGCACCCUGGUGAGGGAGGGCGAGACCUUGCUCCAGACCACGGACGGUGCAGAGAAGGUGGCUCUGCAGGGCCAGCUCUCCGCCCUGCGCUCCAACUGGGAAGAGGUGAAGAAGAGCUCUGGAGACCGAGCGGACAAGCUCCACACGGCUCUGCAGAGGGCCCAGAAGUACCAGGAGCAUGCCGAGAAGCUGAGCUCCUGGGUGCAGGAGUGCCAGGCCAGGCAGGGCCUGGUCCGGCUCAGCUGCGACCUCGCCGAGGCGGAGGGCUCCAUCUCCCAGCUGAAGGCCAUCCAGAAGGACGUGGACAAACACCAGGGCAAGCUGGAGCAGCUGAGCGCCGACGCCGACGACCUCCUGGAGGUGGCCAACGCCGACACGGACGCCGUCCGGGAGGAGAGGGCGGCGAUCGUCCGCGGCGUGGACAAGGUGACGGAGGAGCUGCAGAGCAAGAGGGAGUCCCUGGAGAAGAUCUCCCAGAGGGUCCGAGAGUUCCAGGACACUCAGAGAGAGGCCAGGGCUCACCUGGACGGGGCCAAGAAGCAGCUGGACAGCCACGCCUCGCUGGGCGUCCAGGCCUACAGCAACAAGAACCUGACCAGCAUGAAGGCCAAGCAGGGCAGCCUGGGCACCGUGCAGGGCCAGGUGGAGCACCUGAAAAGCCUGGCCCAGGGCCUCGUGGUGGAGGUCCCGGAGGCUGAGGGGGUCACGGACCUGCUCCUGCAGGCCGACAGCCUGGAGAAGGAGCACUCGUCGCUCGGCAAAGACGUGGACCACGCCUGCUCCGCCAUGGAGGCCAAGCUCCAGGGCAUCGGCCAGUUCCAGAGCAGCAUCCGCGAGAUGUUCGCCCGCUUCUCCGACCUGGACGACGAGCUGGACGGCCUGGUGCCUGUGGCCCGCGACCGGGGCGCCCUGAGGGAGCAGCGAGACGCCGUCCAGGACUUCCUUGCCAAGCUCCGGGAGCUGAUGACCAACACGGACAACGCCGGCGACAGCUGCAGGAAGAUGAUGGAGGCCGAGGCCUCGCCAGACCUGUUGGGGCUGAAGAGGGAUCUGGACGCCCUGAGCAAGCAGUGCAGCAAGCUGCAGGAGAGGGCCAGGGGCAGGGCUGGGCAGGUGGACAGCACCCUGGCCAAGCUGGAGGAGCUCUACUCCAACCUGCAGCAGUUCAAGCUGAGGCUGGGAGAGGCGGAAGGCAAGGAGGACUCGCAGGGGGUCGUCGGCAUGGAGACGGAGGUCAUCAACCAGCAGCUGGAAGCCUUCAAGGUUUUCCAGAAGGAGGAGAUCGAGCCCCUGCAGGCGCAGCUUCAAGACAUCAACUCUGCCGGCCAGGCCCUGAUCCACAACGCAGGCAACGGCACCAGCACUAGGACCCUGGAGGAUGACCUGGAGGAGGCCAGCACACGCUGGAACACUCUCAGCAAAAAGAUCGCGGAGCGCUCGGCGCAGCUGCACGAGGCCUUGUUGCAUUGUGGGAGGUUCCAAGACGCCCUGGAGUCGCUGCUCAGCUGGCUGAGCGACACGGAGGAGCUGGUGGCCAAUCAGAAGCCUCCGUCGGCCGAGUUCAAAGUGGUCAAGGCCCAGAUUCAGGAGCAGAGACUGCUCCAGAGGCUCCUGGACGAGCGCAGGCCCACGGUGGAGCUGAUCCGCAGGGAGGGGGAGAAGGUCGUGGAGCUGGCUGAGUCCGUGGACAAGGAGAAGGUCCGGGAGCAGGUGGAGUGCCUGGGCAGGAGGUGGGAUGGACUGCUGAAGAAGGCCGAGGGAAGGCUGAAGCAGCUGCAGAGCGUCCUGGUGGUGGCGCAGCAGUUCCACGAGGCCAUGGAGCCGCUCUCCGAUUGGCUGAGCGCCGCCGAGAAACGCCUGGCCAACUCGGAGCCCAUGGGCACCCAGACGUCCAAACUGCAGGAGCAGAUCGGCCAGCACAAGGCCUGGGAGGAGGACAUUGUGGCCCACAGUAAGGACGUGUACCAGGGCGUGAGCCUGGGCCAGAGGCUCCGAGCCGUCUGCUCCGGGGACGACAAGGAGCUGGUCCAGGCCCGGCUGGACGCCACCCAGGCUGGCUACCUGGAGCUCCAGGGGAGGAGCCGGAAGAAGGCUGAGAUGCUCCAGCAGGCUCUGGCCAACGCCCAGCUGUUCGGGGAGGACGAGGUGGCCCUCAUGAACUGGCUGAGUGAAUCCCAGGCCAGGCUGGGCCAGGUGUCCGUGCAGGACUACAAGACCGACGUGCUGGAGAAGCAGCGAGCGGAACAGCUGGUGUUCCAUGAAGACAUUGAGCUCCGGAAGCAGAACGUGGACCAGGCCAUCUCUAACGGGAUGGAACUGCUCAAACAGACCACAGGUGACGAGGUGGUGGUGAUCCAGGGCAAGCUGGACGGCAUCAAGACCCGCUACGCUGAGAUCAGCUCCAUGAGCAGCUCUGUGUCCAGGACCCUGGAGCAGGCCCUGGGCCUGGCCUCCCAGGUGGACCGCACCCACCAGGAGCUCAGCUGCUGGCUGGACGCUGUGGAGGCGGAGCUCAGGGCCCUGGCUGCCCCGGAGCCUGGUGGGGGUCAGCUCAGCCAGGCACAGGCCCGACAGAAGGUGCUGCUGAAGGAGGCAGGGGCUCAGAAGCCCAAGCUGGACUGUCUGAACGAGGUGAGCAGCUCUUUGCUGGAGCUGGUGCCAUGGAGGGCCCGCGAGGGGCUGGACCGCCUGGUCACCGACGACAACGAGCGCUACCGCGCCGCCAGCGACACGCUCGGCCAGCGCGUUCAGCAGCUUGACGCCGCCAUCCUCAAGUCACAGCAGUUCGAGGAGGCUGCUGCUGCGGAACAGGUCUGGCUGAACGAGGCCGAGGAGAGGCUGGGGUCCGCGGGGGACAUCAGGCUGGAGCUGGACCAGACCGUCCUCCAGCUGCAAGCCCAGAAGGCCUUCUCUAUGGACAUUAUGAGGCACAAAGAUGCUGUCGACCAGAUCGUCAAGACGGGAGAAGCCAUCAUGGACAGCAAGGACCAGGAAGAGAAGCUCGUCCUCAAGGCUAAGGUCCAGGCCCUGCUGGAGAAGUACGGGGCGGUCAGCCAGCUGAACUCGGAGCGCUGCCUGCAGCUGGAGCGUGCCCAGUCCCUGGCCAGCCAGUUCUGGGAGACGUAUGAGGAGCUGUGGCCCUGGCUCCAGGACGCCCGCGCCUCCUUCCUCCAGCUGCCCCUGCCCGCCAUCGAGUACGAGGCUCUGCGUCAGCAGCAGGAGGAGCUGAGGCAAAUGCGUGAGCUGAUAGCGGAGCACAAGCCCCACAUCGACAAGAUGAACAAGACAGGGAGCCAGCUGCUGGAGCUGAGCCCCGCAGAGGGGCUUCCUGUCCAGGACAAGUACACCACCACGGACCGGCUGUACUCCCAGCUGAAGGCUGACGUCAAGCACAGGGCCUCCACCUUGGAUGAGGCCAUCUCCAAGUCCACCCAGUUCCACGACAAGAUCGACCCGAUGAUGGAGUCCCUGGAGCGGAUGGCAGAGCGCCUGCGCCAGCCCCCUUCCAUCUCUGUGGAGGUGGAGAAGAUCCGGGAGCAGAUCUCCGAGAACAAGGCUGUGACCAUGGAGUUGGAGAAGCUGCAGCCGUCCUUCGAGACGCUGAAGCAGCGCGGCGAGGAGAUGAUCGCCCGGUCGGAGGGCGCCGACAAGGACAUCUCAGCUAAAGCGGUCCAAGACAAGCUGGAUCAGAUGGUGUUCCUGUGGAGCAACAUCCAGGCCCUGGUGGAGGAGCGGGAGGCCAAGCUGCUGGACGUGAUGGACCUGGCCGACAAGUUCUGGUGCGACCACUGCGCCCUCAUCGUCACCAUCAAGGACACCCAGGACCUCCUCCGAGAGCAGGAGGAGCCUGGAGUCGACCCCUCUGUGGUGAAGCAGCAGCAGGAGGCCCUGGAGACGUUCAAAGAGGAGAUUGACGGGUUGCAGGAGGAGCUGGACGUGGUACAGAACCUGGGGGCGGAGCUUAUGGCGGCGUGCGGCGAGCCGGACAAGCCUGUGAUCAAGAAGAGCAUGGACGAGGUGAACUCUGCGUGGGAGACCCUGGACAAGAGCUGGAAGGAGAGGCUGGACAGACUGGAGGAGGCCAUGCAGGCGGCUGUGCAGUUCCAGGAUGGCCUGCAGGGUAUGUUCGACUGGGUGGAUAUUGUGGAGAGCAAGCUGGACUCGAUGUCUCCAGUGGGGACCGACCUGCAGACUGUCAAGCAGCAGAUAGAUGAGCUCAAGGAGUUCAAGAGCGAGGCGUACCAGCUGCAGAUCGAGAUGGAGCGUCUGAGCCACCAGGCGGGGCUGCUUUUGAGGAAGGUGACGGAGGAGGGAGACCGUCUGGCCAUCCAGGAGCCGGUAGCCGAGCUGAAGAUGCUCUGGGCCAGCCUGGACGAGAAGAUCAUCCACCGACAGCACAAGAUGGAGGGAGCACUGCUGGCGCUGGGCCAGUUCCAGCACGCCCUGGACGAGCUGCUGGCCUGGAUGAGUCACACGGAGGAGCUGCUGGCCGAGCAGAGACAGGCCACUGGAGAGCCCAAGGCCAUCGAGAUCGAGCUGGCCAAGCACCACGUCCUCCAGAACGACGUGCUGGCCCACACCAGCACGGUGGAGGCUGUGAACAGGGCCGGGGCCGACCUGGUGGCCUCCAGCGAGGGGGAGGAGGCCUCGGGCCUGCAGAGCAGGCUGGAGAGCCUGGGGCUGCGCUGGAGGGGCAUCCUGGAGAAGACGGAGCACCGCAGGCAGCAGCUGGACAGCGCCCUGCUGCAGGCCCAAGGUUUCCAUGGCGAGAUCGAAGACAUGCAGCACUGGCUGAAAGACAUGGAGCGUCAGCUGGGGGCCUCCAAGGCGGUGGGGGGGCUCCCAGACACGGCCCGCCAGCAGCUCCACGCCCAUCUGGAGCUGUGCUCGGCCCUGGAUGCUAAGGAGGUGCUGUACCGGGAGCUGAAGGCCCGGGGCAUGCAGCUGCUCACCUCCAGCCCCUCGGGGCGGGACAGCAGCACCGAGUCCCACCUGGCCAGCCUGGAGGAGCGCUGGGACGGAGUCCACGCCAAGGUGGCCGACAGGAAGGUGAAACUGGAGGAAGCCCUGGGUCUGGCCACAGAUUUCCAUGACAACCUGCAGGACUUCAUCAACUGGCUGACUCAGUCAGAGCAGACCCUGACCAUGGCCUCUCCUGCCUCUCUCAUCCUGGAGACCAUCAUGUUCCAGAUCGACGAGCACAAGGUGUUUGUCACUGAGGUGAACUCCCACAGAGAUCAGAUCAUGGAGCUGGACAAGACUGGGACACACCUGAAGUACUUCAGCCAGAAGCAGGACGUGGUUCUGAUCAGGAACCUGCUGCUCAGCGUGCAGGGCCGCUGGGAGAAGCUGCUGCAGAGGUCCGUGGAGAGAGGCCGUCUCCUGGACGACGCCAGGAAGAGGGCCAAGCAGUUCCAUGAGACCUGGAACAAGCUGAUGGAAUGGCUGGAUGAGUCGGAGAAAGCUCUGGACUCUGAACUGGAAAUAGCCAACGACCCUGACAAGAUUAAGACACAGCUGGUCCAGCACAAGGAGUUCCAGAAGACUCUGGGCAGCAAACACUCGGUGUACGACACCACCAGCCGGACGGGCCGCGCCCUGAAGGACAAGACGUCGCUGCAGGACGACCGGCAGAGGCUGGACGACACGCUGAGCGAGCUCAGAGACAAGUGGGACACGGUCUGUGGCAAGUCUGUGGAGAGACAGAACAAGCUGGAGGAGGCGCUGCUGUUCUCGGGCCAGUUCACAGAGGCCCUGCAGGCGCUCAUAGACUGGCUGUACAAGGUGGAGCCACAGCUGGCUGACGACCAGCCAGUCCACGGAGACAUCGACCUCGUCCUCAACCUCAUGGACAACCACAAGGUGUUCCAGAAGGAGCUGGGGAAGAGGACGGCCAGCGUGCAGGCCCUGAAGCGCUCGGCCAGGGACCUGGUGGACGGCAGCCACGACGACGCCGCCUGGGUCAGGGUGCAGAUGAGGGAGCUGGGCACUCGCUGGGACACCGUGUGCUCUCUGUCCGUGUCCAAGCAGAAGCGACUGGAGCAGGCCCUCUCGCAGGCGGAGGAGUUCCACUCCACGGUUCACAUCCUGCUGGAGUGGCUGGCCGAGGCAGAGCAGGGCCUGCGUUUCCAUGGCAGCCUGCCCGACGACGAGGAGGCGCUGUGUGCUCUGAUAGAGCAGCACAAGGACUUCAUGAAGAAGCAGGAAGAGAAGGCAGCAGAGCUGAACAAAGCCACCAGCAUGGGUGAAGCCAUCUUGACCAUCUGUCACCCAGACUCCAUCACCACCAUCAAGCACUGGAACACCAUCAUCAAAGCACGCUUCGAAGAGGUGCAGGCGUGGGCCAGGCAGCACCAGCAGCGCAUGGCGGGGGCUCUGUCGGAGCUGCGGGCCGUGCAGGAGCUUCUGGAGGGCCUGCUGGCCUGGCUGCAGUGGGCCCACAGCAGCCUGGAGCUCCAGGACACUGAGCCGCUGCCCCAGGAGAUAGGGCAGGUCAAGGCCCUUAUCGCCCAGCACCAGACCUUCAUGGAGGAGAUGACCCAGAAGCAGCCGGACGUGGACAAGAUCACCAAGACCCACAAGAGGAAAGCGGAGCCUCAAGGCCAAUCCCACAUCCCCGUCCUGGAGAAAGGAAAAACCCCAAGAAAGCGCUCCCCCACCCAGGCCCUGUACCAGUCUGCCACGCAGCCCCCCAUUGAGACCAAGAACCCGCAGGUCAACCUCCUGGUCAGCAGGUGGCAGCAGGUGUGGCUUCUGGCGCUGGACCGGCGGAGGAAACUCAACGACGCCCUGGACCGCCUGGAGGAGUUGAAGGAGUUUGCCAACUUUGACUUUGACGUGUGGCGUAAGCGCUACAUGCGCUGGAUGAACCACAAGAAGUCCCGGGUCAUGGACUUCUUCAGGCGCAUCGACAAGGACCAGGACGGCAAGGUCACCAGGCAGGAAUUCAUCGAGGGCAUCCUCUCAUCCAAAUUCCCUACCAGCCGCCUGGAGAUGAGUGCGGUGGCGGACAUCUUUGACCGUGACGGAGACGGCUACAUCGACUAUUAUGAGUUUGUGGCUGCUCUGCACCCAAACAAGGAUGCCUACAAACCUUUGACCGACGCUGACAAGAUUGAAGACGAGGUGACACGUCAAGUAGCAAAAUGCAAAUGUCCUAAACGAUUCCAGGUUGAGCAAAUUGGUGCCAACAAAUAUCGGUUCUACCUCGGAAACCAGUUUGGUCAGGUACACUGCUUACAUGACUCCUUAGUGACGGAUGACAAUAUAGCAAACAGGGACAGUCAGAACCUUACCCCUCAUCUACACGUUGCCGUUUUGGAAGGCUGUAUUCUGUUCGGAGACUCCCAGCAGCUUCGUCUGGUCCGGAUCCUGCGGAGCACGGUGAUGGUGCGGGUGGGCGGAGGCUGGAUGGCCCUGGACGAGUUCCUGGUGAAAAAUGAUCCGUGCCGAGUGCACCACCACGGGAGUAAAAUGUUGCGCUCGGAAUCAAACUCCUCAAUUACUCAGUCUCCUCUAGGUUGGCAAAUCUCACACUUUCUCACCUUGCUCCAUGAACCCAGUGCUAAAGGCAGGACCAACAUGGAGCUGAGAGAGAAGUUCAUCCUCCCAGAAGGCACCACCCAGGUCAUGGCCAGCUUCCGCUACCGGGGGCGGAGGUCGCGACCCUCGUCCCGGGCCGCCUCGCCCAACAGGUCGAACUCCAGUCACAGCUGUCCGGCUCCGCCUAUCCCGGUGCAGCCUCAGUCCAGCACGCCCAAGACCUCCCAACACAAGCACACCCGCAAUUAUGAUAAACCCUGGCUGGCAAACAGCAAGCCCUCCGGUCCUCUUAAAUCUUCCGACUCGUUUGACAGCCAAGGCUCGUCUUCAGAGAGCACGCCCAUAGCUGGCAGCAAGCUCCGUCUCCCUGGUUACCUGUCGGGCAAGAGCUUCCAGUCGGGUGAGGAGGGCUCCCUGAUCAACGCUGCAGUGAUGAAGGCCAGAUCACAGGCCUUAGGCGACCACAGGAAGCUGCACAGCCGACCAGGAAGCAAGGCUGGCAGCCGAGGAAGCAGCAGGAGGGGGAGCGACGCGUCCGACUUCGACAUCUCAGACAUCCAAUCGGUGUGCUCCGACACGUCGGAGACGGUGGGCGACACCUCCCGGGCCACGCCCCGCUCCGCCUCCCGGCAACACGGGGGCAAACCCUCCAAGAUUCCCACACCACAGAGGAAGACGACCUCCAGCAAACUGGCCAAGAGCUCCAAGAGAUAGUCAGGAAGUCAGGGAACUACAGCCCAGUCUGAGAACUUCAACUACGGAAGCCUGGAAGGAUUGGCGCUUCGCGGACACAGUGACGUGUUCAAGACACACACAGACGGACACUAGAGACUGCUAACGUGCUGAUUAUUAUUAUUAUUUAAAAGUGUUAUGAAGAUGUAAAAUAUGUCCGCGAGAAGAUAUGGUUUAAUAUGACGUGAGAAUGGAAUGUCCUUAGGCCUUGUGUAUUUGUCUUAAUGUAUUUAAGUUCAUGUGAAUAAUGUCAAAAUUACUAUUAUUAUUAUUUUAUUUCAUUUUGUUGAUGACAAACCUGGAUAGGUUCAUAAGAACAAAAGAGGAAAAAAAUACUAUGGAGAAGACUGUACAAUGUAUGGGAAACUAACCUUUUUUUACACACUAAUGAAUGGUGAGGUUUGGUCUGGACAGCUCUGAGAGUUACUGAAUGUACUGUAGUAAUGUCUGUAUGUUGACUCAUGGCUGAGUCCUCUCUACUAUCGUAUCUAUUUAAAGUGCAAUGAUGAUAUACUGUAUCUACUGCCGUCAUGCUUGAACUGGGCAAUAUGCACCACAUACUAAACUCAACAUAGUAAACACUGCUCAAAUCAUGUCAAAGAAAACCUACAACUGUUUAUUAGAGCUCACGCAGAAAACCCCUGACUAUAAUCUAGGCUUCAACGUCCUGUUCUUCCUUAGCAGACCUGCACUUCCUGUUUAGUUUGGGUCACCUGACAGCGAUGUGCACCAUUGAUUGGACAGGUUGCCCUCUCAGCCUUUGGUAGACAUUCUGUAGAGCGUCCAUGUCAGUGUUUGGUUCAUUUUGCUGGAGUGGAACGGAUUACUGUAACUUUUUUGUAAUAAAUCUGCUUGCAGAAAGCUCCUAUGAACACA